UUUGGAGGGGGCAAAGGGGCUGAUUUGAAUAAACCUCCGUGUCGGAAAGCCAAGGAAAUCCGAAAAGAAAGGAAAAUGUUAAAACUCAUGCAGCAAAACCCAGCUGGAGAAUUUGAGGGUUUCCAUGCUCAAGGUCAGGCACCAUCUUCGUUCCCACCAAAGGCUAAAUCGAACCAGCCCAAAUCACUUGAAGAUUUAAUAUUUGAAUCUUUACCAGAGAAUGCAUCACACAAGUUAGAGGUGAGGUUAGUACCUGUCUCCUUUGAGGACCCAGAGUUCAAGUCAUCCUUCAGCCAGUCCUUUUCUUUAUAUGUCAAGUAUCAAAUGGCCAUACACCAGGAUCCACCUGAUGAAUGUGGGAAGACCGAGUUCACAAGAUUCCUUUGCAGUUCACCUUUGGUGGCAGAGAACCCCCCUACUGGACCAGAAUGUGGUUAUGGCUCCUUUCACCAGCAGUACUGGCUUGAUGGAAAGAUUAUUGCUGUGGGGGUGAUUGACAUCCUUCCAUACUGUGUGUCCUCUGUAUAUUUGUACUAUGACCCUGAUUAUUCAUUUCUGUCCUUGGGUGUCUACUCUGCAUUACGAGAAAUUGCUUUUACUAGGCAACUUCAUGAGAAAACAUCUCAACUCAGCUAUUAUUAUAUGGGUUUCUACAUUCACUCAUGUCCCAAGAUGAAAUAUAAGGGUCAGUAUAGACCUUCUGAUUUGUUGUGUCCUGAGACAUAUGUUUGGGUACCCAUUGAGCAGUGCCUGCCUCCACUUGAAAACUCCAAGUACUGCCGUUUCAACCAGGACCCAGAAGCAGUGGAUCAAGGUCGCAGUAAGGAACCUGACCGAGUGCGGGUGUUUCACAAGAAAGCCAUCAUGCCUUACAGUGUUUAUAAGAAACACCAAAAAGACCCAAGCGAGGAGGCCACUGUGCUGCAGUACGCGAGCCUGGUGGGGCAGGUGUGCUCUGAGAGGAUGCUGCUGUUCAGAACCUGAGCCAGCGCCCCGUGCCUCCCCCUGGGGCCUUGAGCCCUGUGCCCAGGGGAGAGGCUGCAGCCACCCUCGGAGUAGACUUUCUCAGUUUCACCGUCGUACAGCUUUUCUAAAAGAUUUUGUGGCAAUGUAUUUGUGAGACUCUCAUGGUUAAUACAAAGAUUUUAAAACUAUGUUAUGACAUAUAGGCUGUAAUUGGGGUUUGUCAUUGUGGAAGUUUGUAGAGCAAAACACGCUAAGCUUCUCUAGUUAACAUUUUGGGAAGAAAAAUUAAGAUGUGAUUAAGUACUUUAAUCACAGUCAUGUUAUUUUUGUUGUUAGAGAAAUUCAAGCAGACUUUCCUCAGAUCCAUUCACACAGUGGUUUAUCCUGCGAAAGUUUAAGUACAAUGAAGAAGUGUGGAAAGUACGUUUCAUCACUUAGAAAAUAUAUCUUCACUAGAGAGCAAAACUGUGCUGUCACUCAGUGUUCAGUGUUAAACUACUGCCAUAUGUUAUGUUGGGUAAUUAAUAGAGAAGUUGAAAAAGAAUAUAAACAUGACAAAGACAUCUUGUGUUUGUAGUGGGUGUCCAUUUGUCCAAGAGGUCCUGUUCAUGUCUGUCUUCUUGGCAUCAUUUUGUCUCUAGAAUAAUUGCUACCAGUGCUGCCAUUUACUUUCAGAAGUAUCUCAGUGUGGGCAAUAAAAUGUGUAAUUACUCCAGUGA